AUGAGCAAUCAGAGCAGCAAUGUAGGAAGUCAGUCUUUCGGUAACCAAAGUCAAAAAGCAGUAGUGAAGAAUGCGGACAUGUCAGAAGAGAUGCAGAGAAAGGCGGUAGACUGUGCUAAUGAAGCAAUGCAGAAUCAUGCUGUUGAGAAAGACGUUGCGGCAGCAAUAAAAAAGAAGUUCGACAGUGAGUACGGUCCAACAUGGCACUGCAUUGUUGGCCGAAAUUUUGGAAGCUAUGUCACCCACGAAACCAAAAACUUCAUCUACUUUUACAUGGGUCAAGUGGCCAUUCUCCUCUUCAAGUCGGGUUGA